AUGGGUGAUUCCCUGUGCGGCCCAUCCAAUGCACUGCAGAACUUCCAGAAGCAUACAUCGGUUGACCGGACCCUCCAGCAAGACCGAUUAACUACUCGCCAACCAUCAGCUCAGGGGUUCCGAUCGCAAAGCCAGCGGGAUGGUAUCCUUGACCCGGAGUUUGCCGCAUUUGAGGCUAACCUGGGGGGUCCUGCUUUACCAAAUCUACAACAUCCUGCUCAUUUUGGGGGACCGAUUCAGCUACCAACCACCGCUCAUUCGAACGCCAGCUGGGCAUCGGACUUCCAAAACCUCCACAUCUCCGGUACUGCGCCCCCGCAGUUACAACAGCAGGUACAAGGCCCGCCGGGGAUCCAAGCGCAACGAGGAUGGCAGGAUGAAUUCUUCAAGUACCAACAGAGUCAAAAAUCUCCAGCAACAGCCCAUCUUGCACAAAACCACCCGAACACACAUCAUGCAUACCAACCCGCAAUCGCCACAAACUACCCAAUGUACAAUCCCCCCAUGAGUGCAUAUCAGGCCCCUCAUCAAGCUCAUUCGCAACAUAUUGUGCCAGCGGAGAAGUUUGAUGAGUCUGCUUUUGAGGCCGCAUUUGAUCAAGCCCGAGCAGAUAUGGAAUUACAGACAGCCGAGGCCACAUCGACCGAACAACACGUCCUCGACGCAUCCCCUAUCGACCCUUUCGAAAAAGCUCAGGAAGAGCUCCGGAUCGGAUCUGAUAAUAUCCCUCAGUCCAACCAGCAGCAGGACCCGCAAUCUCGCACUCACGACGCGGAUGCCCUCGCACAAACAGCCGGGCAACUUCUCAACAGCGUUCGUCAUGACCAAAGCGAAAAGUUCCAACAGAGCAACUUCCUCGCUUUGAUGCGCCGAAUUCGGGAUCGUGAAGUUGAGGUGGAGGGAGAGGAGUUCCGCGAAGUCAGUAGCAACCCAUAA